AAAAAAAGCACGGUACGAUCGAACACAAAUUUGACCGUCCACUCCAAAUCGAAACAGUCAGUAUCAAUAUGACCAAGGAAGAUAAGGCUCCUGCUCGCCGUAGUGGCCGCAAAAAGCUCGACAAGCCCAAGCCUGUUGUAGCCACCGUGGCACCGUCCAAGAAGAAGGCUGCCCCUCCGGCGAAAAAGCCCAUUAAAGCCAAGGCACCGAAAAAGACCAAGGAACCAGUCGCCGCCGCUGCUCCCACUAAGAAGGCUUCCAAGGGAGGAAAGAAAGGCAAGGCUGCCGCUGCUCCCAAGAGCAAGGCUGCGGAACCAAAGGGAAAGAAGGGGGGAAAGAAAGCGGAAGUAAAGAAGCCCAUGACCUCCGAAGAACUAGACAAGGAGAUGGAUGAUUACAUGAUGAAAGAUGGAAAGACGGCGGGCAAAAAACUCGACGAAGACAUGGACGGUUAUUGGGAGGCGAAAAAGGCCAAGGAAGCGGCCGCUGCUCAAGGGGAACAACCCAAGGUAGCCGAGGCAGCCGCAUGAUGAGGGGUGCAAAGUUUGGUUGACCAUAUUUUUGGGUCAUUGUGUAAUCAUAUCUACUUUAGAAGCGAUUUUCUGUGUUCU